UAUCAUAACUUAAACUACCUAAAGAUGGAUAUAGGGAAACUCAUCUUACUCUUCUUUUUCACUACCCUUUGCUUCUAUCUCCUAUGGACACUCGUAAAAUUCGUUUACUUAGUAUGGUGGAUGCCACUUCAAACACAAAUUAAAAUGAGCUCUCAGGGAAUUAAAGGCCCUUCUUAUAGUUUUCCUCAUGGAAAUACCAAAGAUAUCUCACUAAUGAGAAGCCAAACUAUGGACAAACCUAUGGUGGAUAUUUCUCAUGACAUUUUUUCAAGAAUUCAACCUCAUGUUCACACAUGGACAAGGAUGUACGGGAGGAAUUUCCUCACUUGGCAUGGCUCAAAACCAUACUUAUUUGUCACUGAACCAGAGCUGAUCAAAGAAAUAUUAUCCAACAAAGAAGACACUUAUCCGAAAAUGGAUAUGGAAGGCUAUGCGAAGAAACUACUAGGGGAAGCACUUAUAACAAAUGAAGGUGAAAAAUGGGUAAAAGUAAGAAAACUGGCCAACCACACUUUCCAUGCAGAAAGCCUGAAACGUAUGGUACCAGAAAUGAGUGAAAGUGUACAGAAAAUGCUAGAAAGAUGGAAAGAACACGAAGGAAAAGAGUUUGAUGUGUUCAAGGAUUUUGGGCUGUUAACAACUGAAGUAAUUUCCAGGACAGCAUUUGGAAGUAGCUACAUGGAAGGCAAACAUAUUUUCGAGAUGGUGGCAAAAUUGACUGCAAUUACUGUAAAGAAUGUUUACACUGUCAGAUUUCCUGGAAUCAGUUGGCUUAUAAGAACAGAUGAUGAAAUUGAAGCAGAGAAACUUGAAAGAGGGAUCAAGAACUCCAUUCUUGAGCUAGUAAGUAAAAGAGAAAAGGGCAAAGAUGAAAUGUAUGAAAAGUUUGGGAAUGAUUACCUAGGACAACUUAUGAAGCUUUUGAAUGAAUCCGACACGAACAAGAGUAUCACAAUAGAUCAAAUGAUCGACGAGGUCAGGACAUUGUAUGGUGCUGGUCAUCUUACAACGACAAGCUUACUUGGCUGGUCUGUUUUUCUCUUAGCACUUCAUCCCGAAUGGCAAGAAAAAGCCAGAAAGGAAGUUGUUGCAUUCUGUGGCCUUGAAAAUCCAACUUCUGAUGCAAUUGCAAGACUAAGAACAAUGAAUAUGAUAAUUAAUGAAUGUAUGAGAUUGUAUCCUCCAGUUAUUACAGUGACAAGGAAAGUUGAACGCGAAGUUAGACUAGGGAGCAUGACUCUUCCAGCUAACAUGACAAUUUUCAUGCCAAUUCUGGCACUGCAUCAUGAUCCUCGAAUAUGGGGUGAAGACGUUCACGUCUUCAAACCAGAGAGGUUUGCAGAAGGGGUAGCUAAAGCAACUAACAACAAUGCAGCAGCAUUCUUUCCCUUUGGAUCGGGACCUCGUACUUGUGUUGGUCUGAACUUCACAACCAACGAAGCAAAGAUUACUUUAUCGAUGAUUUUGCAGCGUUAUAAGUUCACUCUGUCACCUAAUUAUGUGCAUUAUCCAUCUGAUAUUUUCCUUUUGACUCCCAAAGAUGGAGUUAAAGUUGUCCUUGAAUCCAUUUAGGUAUAUCAAUGUCUCUAAAUGAUGUACAAUAAAUAAAGCUUCUGAAUUCACGAGUUCUUAUU